CAGCCCUUCUUCCCCAAUUUCCAUUCUCGCACUCUCGUCAAUCAAGAUUCUGGGCAUGUUACCCGUCAACUAUUACGAAGGAGGAGAAAAUCAAUCGAAAUCCGUAACGCAACAUCAACGGAAAGAUGACGGAUCGAUUCUUCCCCAACAUUAUGCCAGACUACGUUUCGGAAGCUCAGCCGUCCGCUAAAGACCCUCCGGAGCAACCACCGCAAGAGCCGACACCGGAAUCCCAGAAAGAGAAGCCCACGUCCGGUGAUCCUCUCGUCAACCUUCUAUCCAUGCCUUACUCUUCCCUCUCCCAACGCUUCCAACGCGCUGCAUUGGAUCUUAAAGAAACCAUAGUGAUGGAUACAUGGGGGACAACUGGGCAAUCUGUGCGAGACUUCACGCUUUACAGCGGCACCCUCGGCACCGCUUUCUUGCUAUUCAGGGUCUAUGAGGUGACUGGCAACAAAACCGAUCUGCUCCUCUGUUUAGAGAUCGUUAAGGCUUGCGAUUCUGCUUCUUCAACUUCCAGGGAUGUGACAUUUUUAGGUGGGCGAGGCGGUGUUUGUGCCCUUGGGACUGUAGCAGCAAAGUAUGCUGAUGAUGAAUCAUUAAGAACUUACUAUCUAAAUCAAUUUGAAGAGGUCAAGCUGUCAUCCGAUCAUUCUGAUGAGUUUUUGUAUGGAAGGAGUGGGUUCCUGUGGGCUUGUUCCUUCAUCAACAAGCAUAUUGGUGAUGGUACAAUUCCCAAAACAAAGAUGCGUGCAGUUGCCGAUGAAAUUAUCAAGAAUGGGAGGGCAAUGGCCAAGGAAGGGGGUCCUCCAUUGAUGUUUGAAUGGUACGGAGAGAGGUAUUGGGGUGCUGCACACGGUCUUGCAGGUAUUAUGCACGGCUUGAUGGAUGUAGAACUCACACCAGAUGAGAUUAGUGAUGUCAAAGGGACCUUGUAUUACAUGAUCAAGAAUCGGUUUCCGAGUGGCAACUACCCUGCGAGUGAGGAAGAUCGAGUUAGGGAUGUUCUUGUACAUUGGUGUCAUGGUGCUCCUGGUAUCACCCUUACAUUUAUUAAGGCUGCUAAGGUUUUUGGAGACACGGAUUUCCUGGAAGCCGCCAUGGAUGCAGCAGAGUUAAUAUGGAACCGGGGGUUGCUGAAGCGAGUUGGAAUGUGCCAUGGCAUUAGUGGGAAUGCCUAUGUUUUCCUCUCACUGUACCGAAUGACAGGCAACCACCAGUUCAUUUACAGAGGAAAAGCAUUUGCUUGCUUUUUACUUGACAGAGCUCACAAACUCAUAUCAGCAGGAGAGAUGCAAGGAGGUGAUAGCCCUCACUCACUUUUUGAAGGGAUUGGAGGUAUGGCCUAUCUUCAUCUAGAUAUGAUUGACCCGCUCAAGUCCAGAUUCCCAGGUUAUGAACUUGAUUGAGUAGGAGAACCCACUUGGAUCAUAUUGGAACUGAAUCUUGUGUAAGAUGUUUCUUUGUUAGAUAAAAAAAAAAAAUGUAUCAUAGUACAAUAACUUGCUUAAAUCUUGGCAUUUGCGAGUAUCAUCAAUAAUAGAGUUACGAUUCCUUAAAUCUAUCAGCAUCUCUUAGAACGUAACAGAAGGAAGGUUGCAGCUAAAUAAGGUAUUUGAAAAGCU